CGAGCGGGAGACAGACCGUGUGUGUUGGUGUGAUGGAUAAGGAUAAGGAGAAAGAGGAGGGGUGAAAGCAGGGGUGUGUGUCAUCCUCACUCCUAUCUACACAUGCUUGCGUGCGGUUCUGUGCUCAAGUCUUUCCUUUGAUCAGACAUGCACCUGCUGCCGCUUUCGGAUGAUUCAGCUGUUUUCUUCAGAGCAUGAACCGCAGCCUGUGUGCUCCAGCCCUGCCCCCAGGUGAGUCCAGUGCUCUCUGAGGGGGGAUCCACCCUCGGGCGGCCUCCGGAGCAUAUGCCUUAUUUAUAGACUCGCUGCCUGUGUUUUUCUUCCUGCUCUGUGAGAACGAACCUGAAUGACAUAAAAUCAGAGCCACAGAAGUCUUCCUCUUUAGUAACGAGGUUAGUUGGUGGAGCAUCGUGUAAGUCCCUUCCCCCUCGCUGGUGAUCUGAUAAUGGAAAGAAGACUUUACGAGGCAGCAUGCCUGCCGCAGCAUUAGAGGAGUCCUGCGCAGCUGCUUCUGAGCGACCAAACCAGGGGCGGAGAUGAAGUCGGAAGCGGCGGAGGACGUCUCUGCCGGACUUGCAUCUCAAGAGGCUCCUUCGGAUGCCUUGUCUGAGGUGACCACGAAAGAGACGCCCGAGGAAGCGGAGGAGGACGUGGCGGGGGGCAGCGACGGCUCAGAGAGUGCUCCUCUGGGAUGCGUGCCUUUGCCUGUGGCUGCAUGCUGCGUGUGCCUCGAUCUGGAGCGGGUGAGCAACUGCAUCCGCUCAGAAAAAAUCUGCAUCUUGCCCAUCCUGGCCUGCUUGCUAAGUCUGGCCCUCUGCACCGCCGGCCUCAAAUGGGUCUUUGUGGACAAGAUCUUCGAGUACGAGCCGCCGACCCACCUUGAUCUCAAGCGCAUCGGACAGGAUCCUAUAAUCGAUUCAGACUUAACUCAGAAAUCCGCAUCAGUCUCAUUUUCCACCCCGUCGACUCCGUCUGUCCCAGGACAGCCCAAGGUCUUUGUGGAAGGGGAGUCCACGGCCAGACCCUUUGAGCCGUCCUCAUCGAAGGUGCCUGUAUUUACGCCCACUGCAGCAGUGUCUCCACCCAGACCCAAGAGCACCUUCAAACCCCUCCAGAAUACCACUGCAGACCAGUAUCCAACUCAAACUCGGGAAUCUAACGAUAUUGUUCCUAAGACCUCGGCCACCAGCACCACUCCCUCAGCCAAGACCUCGAGUCAUGUGACGCGCUGCAGCGAGAGCGAGAGGAACUUCUGCGUGAACGGAGGCGAGUGCUACAGUCUGGAGGUGCCACCCGGCAACAUCAAACACCUCUGCAGGUGCCCCAGUGAGUUUACUGGUGAUCGCUGCCAAAACUACGUAAUGGCCAGCUUCUACAAACAUCUUGGGAUUGAAUUUAUGGAAGCUGAGGAGCUCUAUCAGAAACGCGUUUUGACUAUAACAGGCAUCUGCAUCGCUCUUCUAGUUGUUGGCAUCAUGUGUGUGGUGGCUUACUGCAAGACAAAGAAACAGAGGAAAAAGCUGCAUGAUCGUAUGCGGCAGAGUUUACGAGAGAGAAACGCUGCGGCCAAAGGUCCACAGCACCCUCACCCUCCUCCCGAAAACCUGCAGCUGGUCAAUCGUUACAUGCCGAAAAAUACCGUUCCUCCUCAUGUGCACGUGAUGGAGAAAGAAUUGGAAACAUCUCUCUCUACAAACGAGUUUGCUUCAUCAACACAUGCGUCCACUGCUGUCUCUCACUCCUCCAGCCAGUGCUGGAGUAAUGGGAAAGCAGAGAGCGUGGUUUCUGACAGUCACGCAGUCCUGGUCAAGUCAUCGUUGGAGAACUGCCGGCACGGGACGCCCGGUCACAGGGGGCGUCUGAAUGCGACCGGAGGAGUCCAUCAGCUCAAUGAUCACCUGAAGAGCUCCUGCAGAGACUCCCCCUACAGAGAGAGGUGUGUUUCGUCCAUGACCUCACCCAGCCGUCUGUCCCCCGUGGGGCUCCUCUCUCCGGUGACGCCCUCCUCGCCUCCUUCCGAGAUGUCGGCUCCUCUGUCCAGCCUGGCGACCUCUGUCCCAUCCAUGGCAGCGAGUCCCUCAGGGGAGGAGGAGCGCCCCCUGCUGUUCCGGACCCCUCCGAUCCUGCGUGACAAAUCCGGUUUGAAUCAGUCAGGCCAUAAUCUCCGCAACUCGGCUCACUACAAUCACGGCCUGGAGCUGGCCAGCCCUCCGCACACCGCAGAGCAGGAGGAGAGUUCACAGCAGCACCAAAGCACAGCCGCAGCGUCCGCCCCGAACAGCUCAAGAACUCAGACGGCGCUGGAGCCGCUCAGCAAGAGUAACUCAGAGAGCAGCAGCUCGGAGAGCGAGACUGAGGACGAGCGGGUGGGAGAGUACACGCCAUUUCUGGGCUUACAGACCCCUCUGGCCGCUGGAUCAGUUGUUCUGGACGGGCUGGAGGGCAGCAGAACUAACCCCGCACUGCUCCUCUCGCCGAAACACGACCUGCAGAGCAGAUUGACGGCCGUCAUGGCCAACCAAGAUCCUAUAGCUGUGUGAAAGCUGCAUUGAAGAAAAAAAUCACCACUAAACCUUUAUUUUCUACAAUUAAGUACUGCAAAACUUUUAUUUUAGUGAUGUAGUGAAACAAAGACUUUUAUAUGUAUGUGUACAACGUGUUCGUGUCAUGGGGGAAAAAAAGUGCCAUUCACAUGUAGCUGAGGUCACAGUAUUUCAAUGGCAGAAAAAAUAUAAUCUAUGGUGCCUUUUCAUUUCAGUUUGAAGAAAAAAGGACUGCAUCAUGACACUGGGCCAUAUAUUCAUGUAUUUAAGGCAACAACUGAGAAAAAAAAGAAUCCACCAGCAUUCCAUGUCAGAAUCCUUGCUAUCGGAUUAAAGUGUGAAGAGCAUCACGGUCUCAUGACCUCUGACCCACUCUCUCUUAUUUAACACACCUGAUUCAUCAACUGAGCUGUGGCAGAUAAGAGAGACGAGCAGGACCAACCCUAGUGAUGUCAAUUAUUAUGCAUUUUUAUUUAAAGUAUGAAGUGUGGCUGCUGCAAACUAAAAACAAGACAAUUAGAAAGCUAUAGAAAUUAAGAGUUGAUGCUAAAAAAAUCAGCUAUUACAAUCAGCUAUUAAUCAACUUUUAUAUUAUGGUUGUCAUGUAUAGCAGACAUGACUUCUAUGAGACAGCUGAUAGAUUUCUGUCAUAUUACUGCGGAAUGACUGAAUAUAUGGCUCACUUUGUCGAUUGUGCUCAUUGGCUUCUCAAGCAAUGCAUUGUGGGAAAAUUACAGCACCACUUUUAUGAUACUGAUUAUAUCUUUUUAUUUCUUAUUGGUUUUUGUCCAAUCAUUUUUAUUUUUUACAUUUGUCCUUUGCUAUCCAUGUAGAACGUUACAUUAUAUUCAAAGUGUUCCUUUGUUCUUUUUCAUCAUGUUUGUGUGUACAUGUGUAACCAUUUAAAGAACAAAUCACCUGUUGUACAGUAUUUUGCUAUGUUUGCAUCACCAGAUUAUACAGUAACUUAUGUAUUCACAGGGUUUUACUGAAAAUAGCUUGUAAUAGUCUAUCAGCUUGUUAAACAGAAGAACUGGUUACACAAACAACACUUUUAACCUAGAGCUCACUAUAAAACUCACGGCUCUAGGGCGUGAAGGCCUUUUCCGCUAAGUUUUCAUUUGAAUGAAAUGUGGCCCAUUUUAUUGUAUUUAUUUUCUUUAUUUAUUUGUAAUUUAUUUAUUUAUUACCUGGGCCUUCUGAAAUAUAGCAUCUAUAAAUCUAUAUUUUAAUAGCAAUGAUAAUAAGAGAUAUUUGCAGUCUUUGGUACAUCAACAAAACCUUAUUUUGGUGUUUUUUUGUUUUUGUUUUUGUUUUGUUUUCUCAUCACUCGAUUAUAUUUGUGUGUUGUUUUGCCAUUUAGGCCUAGACUCUGUUAUUCAAACUCUCAUUCAGAAACAAUAAAUGUUCACCAUGACAAACAUCCAUGAACCUGAUUAUAUAAUUAAAAUGAGCUGAACUGCAUCUAGGACACUUGAAAA